AUGCGUACAUGGCCCUUCUACUGGACCAAGUACUUUAUGAUGUUGGGCGUGGAUUUGCAAGCCCUGCAGUCGAAGAUUUCUGUACCUCGUCUUGUGGGUCUCUCGCUGACAUAUGUGCUCAACAUCACCCAAAUCCAGACCUGGAUGGUGCGUAAUUCUACUGACGUCGAAUACAAUAUCGUGGCCGUUGAGCGUCUUCAGGAAUACGUCGAUCUCAAGCCUGAUGUAUCAGAGAUGAAUCCCAACAACCGUCCACACAGGAAUGGCCAGCUCAGGGGCGCGUCGAGUUCGUCGACUACGAGACCAGAUAUCGCCCAGGACUCGAUCUUGUCCUACACGGCGUUAACUGCUCAAUCGACUCUCACGAGAAGAUCGGCAUCUGCAGUUGAACAGGAGUAG